CCAGAAGAUUUGGAUACUCAGUCCGAUGCUGCGUACGCUCCUGCUAGCAGGUCAGCCUUCGUAUUUUCGCCAGAAAGCGGAAUAAGCGCGCGAACUAAAUUUUUUUUCGACGGACGAGUCUUUCAGGAAGUUAUGUGAGAUUUCACGCUGAAAUUCACUUUAGAGGUGUCCAGGACUGUCGAAAGUGCACCAUGAAGUGGAUUUUCUGGAUCUUGCUGAUCGCUUUUCUUGACUCGUUUGUUCAAGGUCGGAGCAACUUCAGAUGGAAAAGAUCAGCAGCAACAAGCUCAACGACACCGACGCCAGACGACGAUGACGAUGACUGGGAAGAAGAAGAAUCCAGCGAAAUAGACGACGAUGGAAAGAUAUACAAAAACCCCAGAAACUCGCCGUCCACCCUUUGUCCUAGAGACGAAGAACAAGCGACGCUUCUGGGACAGAAAUGUCUGAGAAAAUGUUCCUCUGAUGAAGACUGCAAAAGUAAGAAAAAAAAGUGCCUUUGUGACGGAGCCUGUGGAAUGUCCUGUAUCAAACCAGAUAGGGAAUGUCCCGAACCUGAAGGAAUUCAGUACGGAAGUGUACAAGCUGGUGGAAAACUAUUCGGUUCAAGAGCAACCUACACCUGCCAGCAUGGUUAUCACGUGGUAGGCCUGCAGAGCCGUACUUGUCAAGGUGAUGGACAAUGGGCUGGAUCCGCGCCUGCCUGCAAACAAAACAUAUAUUGCCUAUCCCCUCCAAAUAUCGACCACGCAAGACACAAUGCUCUACCAGAGCAAACCACAUUCGAUCUGGAUUCCACUCUGCAAUACUACUGCCAUACCGGCUAUGUCACCAACGGUUUCCCAAGAGCCAAGUGUUUGGCGAUCGAUGGCCAAGCUUCCUGGUAUGGACCAGACAUAUCUUGCGAACCUAGAUCGUGUGGACCACCGACUGAAAUCAGCCACAGUUGGCAUGCUGGUGAAUGUUACACUUACGGAUGCAGGAUAACGUAUCACUGUGCUGAAAACUAUGAACUGGUGGGUAAGAGUGAGAGAUUUUGCCAAGCUGAUGGUACAUGGACGCCCAAAGAACUACCCACUUGUGUUUUGGUGACUGCAGUGCAGUGCCCUCCGCCGGAGUCACCCCGACAUGGCAAGGCUAUUUAUACGUCUUGUAGCUACAACUCGGUUGUGAGCUACGAGUGUAAAUACGGAUACACCCUGGUGGGAGAGAGCACCAGAAAAUGCGGGGCGGACAGGAAGUGGUCCGGAGCUCAGCCUCAGUGCAAAGAAAUCAACUGCGGACAUCCUGGUAGGUUGUGGAAUGGAUGGUUGGAAAAUAUCGAAGGUGGAACCGGACUGGGAGCUUCAAUUAUCUUCAGAUGUCACGAAGGAAUGCUGCUAGAGGGCAAUUCGUCGACGGUAUGUCAGAUCGAUGGAAGGUGGAGGUAUCCCUUACCGAGGUGUUUGGCUCCUUGUGUUGUACCACACGUAUCACAAGGAAGGGUGAUUUUGGUGUCCAAAAACGACACUGCGCCAUCUUCCACUGUGGUGGUUCAUGGAGAAGAGUUAGUUGUGGAAUGCGAUCAGCAAUAUGAGUUCUUGGGCAGCUUGUCGCCAGUUAGCUGCAAUAAUGGCACUUGGACACAAAUACCUAAAUGUGAACCUGCUAGAUGCAAGCAUCUUCCCAAACCCCCAAAAAACGGCAUGGUAAUCGCACCGAAAAUGGAGCACAGCAUGAAGGCGAGAUUCAAAUGCAAAGACGGGUAUGAGCUGAAAGGAGAACCCCUCAUCAGUUGCUCCUUUGGAAAUUGGACAGGGGAAGUUCCCAAAUGCGAAGAAGUGUUUUGUCCUUAUCCCGGAGAAGUUAUCAACGGGAAGAUCCUCCUUGUGGGGAAUAUGGGUCUGUAUGACUAUCGUCCCUAUGUCAAGAAGGUCGUGAAUAACAAGCAGAUCAUGUAUGAUUGCAAUAAGGGGUAUGUGUUGGCUGAAGGUCCCCCUGGGGCAACAUGCAUUGGGGGGCGUUGGAGUCCUAAGCAGUUACCCGUAUGCACCCUUGGCCAGCAUCCCCGUCUGCGUUGGAACAGACGCCGCAGGAGAUCAAUCAUCAUGGAGAAGUACAAAAGGGCCUUCAUGCGUAAUUACAAGCACAUAUACGACAAAGACGAGAGGAGAUAUCAUCACAGCCUCCUCCACGAGGACCUCAGGGACCUGUUCGAGUCCGAAACACCCCCCAUCACGGAGGGCGGCUGGUCCGAUCGUUUGCGAGUGGAUUCUUCGGAAUCGGACAACCAGGCGGAUCCCAUAAAAGUUCCGGAAAAUCCUCGGGUCCUUUCAGCCAGGAUCCGUAGAGCUUUACGAGUGCACCAAGUCGGAAGGCGAAUUAAAAGAGAAUUGGAUCCUGGAUAUGCGAGCUCUUACGUAACAAUAAAACGCGGAAACACAAUGAGCCUGUCGGAAAGGAUCCAGACAGCCCUGCAUUUGCAUCACACGCGGACCAGGAGGAAGCGGGGGUUGAAGGGAGGGAGCGGCAGCAGGGCUUUAGGUGCCGGCCACAGAGGCUCUAGCUCAAGUCUGAACCUGAGACGAAGGGGCAAGAACAAUCCUUCGGACUUCUACGAAGAAGAAGAGGAAACGCCAAUCGUGAUAAAAAGUUCCGCCAAGCCGAAAACGAAAGGUCCUUGCAGUCCUUUAUCAGUCGAGCCAUACGUCAACGUUGAGAUUGUGAAGCAAGGAAGGGAACCUAACGUCACCUUCAGUCCAGGCACGGUAGUCAGGAUGGCCUGCGGAAAAGGGUAUAAAUUGAAUUUGCCUCUGAACAAAACGGCCAAAUGUUUCAAGGGAAAAUGGAAGCCGAUGAAACCAGAAUGUUCGAUACUUCCCUGCACAGUACCAGAAAUUCCUCAUGGUGAAUUCACCCUGCCCAAAACCGAGCAGAAUAUCAACCUAACAAUUCCGUUCGAUACUCCCUUGAACGAAUCCAUGGAAGUACCUAAUGGGGUGGUGGUAGAAUUCAGCUGUGAGGAAGGAUACAGCGUACAAGGGUCUGUAAAUUUGAAAUGUUGGUACGGCGAUUGGACAGUAACGGCAUUUCCAGAGUGCAGUCCAGAUUCUGUUACAGUUCCCUGCCAGCUACCCUCCAUCGCCCAUGGCCAGUACAUGUCAGGAUACAGAGCCGGACUCACCAUAGCUAAUGGCUCAAAUGUACAGUUCCAAUGCGACGCCAACUACGUCAAAUCGACGGACCAACCUAUCGAAUGCAUACUUGGCAAACUGUACCCCAAAGUACCCUCUUGUUACCCUCCGGCCAACGGUCUGGAAAUUGGCAAGAGCGAUUCACCACAUUAUCUGGGUGGAAAAGACAUCAUAAAAGGGGGGGAUAUAACGGUCAUCGGUUCCAGCAACGCUAAGUCAUGUGGACCUCCAGCGAAAGUGCGAGGGUCCUUGAUAUACAGGAAUGGCGAGCCUAUUGUGGAGGAUGAGAAUAACUUCCAGGAUGGCACUGAGGUAACCUUCGACUGUAUAGAAAGUAUCAUGGGAGAGAAGAAUACAUGGAAAAUCGUUUGUGAAGAUGGCAGUUGGAUUGGACGAUCACUGAACUGUGAAAGUGAAGAACUGGCAGCACAUCAAACGUCUCCGAGCAGUAACGAUACUUGCAGAUUCAAGAAGGAAGACGACAACAUCAUCUCAUUUUACAACGACCAAGAAAUAAGGGAGGAUGUGGUUGAGUUUCCUGCAGGAGCAGUGCUGAUCAGUCGAUGCGCUGAUAUAGGAAAGUACGCCAUGAUUGGAUCGAAUAAGAGAACUUGCAUGGGAGGCGAUUGGGACGGUGUGAAACCAACUUGUUAUGGGUUGAAUCAGGAGAAUGACUACUCGAUGGAAAAACCACCAACGAUUCUUUUCAGACACCAACUGGGACCUAUAGCACAGUCUAAUGAGGGAAAGCUUAUAGUGUACCCUGGCACAGUGCUUCAUAUGGAAUGCUUGUGGAUACGAAGGUUUGGUAUCCCGAAAUGGACUGUGAGCCAUGAGCACAGGAAGUAUCCUGAAGGUUGGACUACAGAUCCUGGAAGGGAUUCUUCGUUAGAGUAUAGACUGUCCAUAAUUCAUGCUACCAAAGAUGACUCAGGAACUUACACAUGUGUAACACCGGCAAGAUAUUCCCAUUCUAUCGAAGUGGAUGUCAGAGCUGUCCACUGUCCCGUGGUUCCCCAAAGAAGAGGACUCACCGUGAACAAUCAAAGCACCAAAAUGAAUACACAUCUGAAGUUUUCCUGCUCCAACGGAAACUCGCUCAUUGGAGCACCGGAAGUGAUCUGUCUACCUUCCGGGAACUGGAGUGCCCCCUUUCCAGUGUGCGAGAGUAUCGAAUGUGGAGAGGUGGGUGUGGUUCUUGCUCCACACUUGAAGGUCUUAGUUAUUUCCAGGGAGGUAGGAGGUCGUGCUGUCUUUUCAUGCGAAGCAGGGUUUUCCAUCAAAGGUUCCUCAGAAACAGUUUGCCAGGCUUCUGGAGACUGGGCAACUCCAUUCCCCACGUGUCAAGAAGUUCAGUGUGAUCCACCCACACCUCCAGAGAAUGGUUACAUUCAAGGGACAGGUCCCUAUAAGGCUGGAGACGUUGUUCAGGUUAACUGCAAUUCGGAUUUCAUGAUGGAAGGCCAGCCAAUCAUAGCUUGUCAGGACAAUUCUAGGUGGUCCAAAAAGAUGCCAAAAUGUGUUCCAGCCUGCUCAUAUCCUGGUACGACAAUCAGUGGAAGAAUGUCCUCCGUGAAGUUCUUCUACAAAAUCGGAGAAAACAUCACUUUUACCUGCGAAGACGACCUGGUCCUCAAAGGGGCGUCUAUGCUGAAGUGUCUGAAGAACGGAAAAUGGUCUAAUACGAUUCCUACAUGUGUGCAAGCUGAAGUGGAGAAUGAACGAUAAUUCAGAAAAUAAAAGCAUUUCAAUUACUUUUAGGCAUGUCGAGGUUUCAAAGUUGAAUUUGAAGCUAUACAGAGGUUAUUAUAUUCUUUAAACAAUUCUUCUCAAAAAAUUCAUUCUCAAGAGUAAAAAUUGUAGCUAUAAGAAAUUUGUUGAGUUUUUACCUUUCCUCGUAAUAUUAACGAUGCAUUUUGAAUUUAUUAAAGUUAUGGCGAACAAACAAUAGGCAGUUAUGGAUAACAAAAUAGCAAAUUUUAUCGACAGAUUAUGUGUACGUGAGUAGUAUAUGAAUAUAUAGAAGUUAGAGACUACAUUUAUUAUACAUAUAUUUAUAUUGUAGCCGUCCCAUUGUCAGAUCUUUUCUGAUCUUGAUCAUUCGUCCAUCUAGACUAGAGAAAAAAAAAACUGUGCGAAUUAUAUCAGAGAAAACGGAAUCUGUAGUUUGAUAUUGCAUUCAUUAUUCAACAAUCGAAUGAUCGUGCCAAAUUGAUACAUAUCUAUAUUAUAUUUUUUCUAUCUUGCUUUAUUCAAAACUGAAUUAAUCUUCGAAAAGACAGCUAUUCUUGAAGCUUUCGAAUUAUACAAUCCUUUCUGAUAGUUGUGUUAACUUAUUGAAAUUAAAUGCUUCAAGGGAUGAUAGUAUGUCUAUUGGAUUAUAAUUGUUAAUCAUCUAGUCAAGUUUUCGAUAGAGUUUGAUACGAAUUCAAGAAGAAAAUAGUUGAUUGAAUAUUACUAUUGCUGUUCAUGAAUUGUGUAGAAUAUUCUGUAAUGUACGAAAUUUUAUUUUGGAUCUAAUAAAUAAACCUGUGUUAACUGACUGAAGUAAA